AUGGCAGGUAGUGCGGCACGUCAGACUGCAACACCGACGAUGACAAUGAUUACAUCCCAACGACCAAAACCGAAAUUGCCGUCGUUUGAAGAAAUAAAACGUGCCGUACCUUCAUCAUGUUUCGAAAGGUCGCUGUUCAAAUCAUUGUUUUAUCUAGUUCUCGACUUAAUGAUUCUGUACGGUUUGUACAGAUUUGUUGGUAUAUUCGAGUCGUUUGGAAUUUUUGGGCUGUUUAUAUGGUAUUGUUGUAUGGGAAUGUUUGGAUCGUCACUAUUUGUAGUUGGUCAUGACUGCGGUCAUGGUACCUUUUCCGAAUAUACUUGGGUCAAUGACCUCUUUGGACAUAUCGCUCACGCUCCACUUUUGGCACCAUAUUGGCCCUGGCAGAAGUCACAUCGACGACAUCAUCAGUAUACUUCUCAUAUUGACAAUGAUAUGGGACAUCCCUGGGUGAUCGAGAAAGAUUUCAUGACGCGUGGUUGGAUAAUGCGCAACUUUUCAAAGAUUCCACUUUCUGGUUUUAUUCGGUGGAGUCCGAUAUAUACGAUGGUCGGCUUACCAGAUGGUAGCCACUUUUGGCCUUAUAGUAAGCUUUUUAAUAGCAAUCGCGAACGAGUGGAAUGUGUUAUUAGUAGUUUGGCAUGCUUAUUUUGUGCUGUGGUAGCCUUCGUUAUAUGUAAUUAUAGCUGGUUCACAUUCAUCAAAUAUUAUUACAUUUCGUUGUUGUUUCAAGGUUAUUGGCUUGUUAUCAUAACUUAUCUCCAACACAACGAUUACAGUAUAGAGGUUUACGAAGAAGGUUAUUGGAAUUAUGUAAUGGGGCAAGUGCAAACCAUUGAUCGAGUGUACGGUUUUGGUAUUGAUACGCUGCUGCAUCAUAUUACCGAUGGACACGUGGCCCAUCAUUUCUUUUUCACAAAAAUUCCUCAUUACCAUUUGAUGGAAGCAACAACAGCUAUUAAAAGUGUUCUCGAGCCUUAUAAGGUAUACAGAUGUAAAAGCAAUGCCGAUUUUUUGUUGGACUAUUUGACGCUUAAUAUAAAAUUGGAAUACCUUAUUGGCAGAGGAACUGGUAUCCUCACUUAUGCUGGACAACAAAAAGAGGAAUGA